AGCGAAUUAAACAGGCGUCAAAAAUUAUUUUAGCUCAAUUUUUGACAGAAAAUAAAAUAAUAAAAACAAAAUUCGGAUUUUAGAGUUGCGAUUGUUUUAAAUGUACCACAAAAUUUAGAUGUGAGAAGUUUUACCAAAACAUUAGACACAGUUAAUAUCGGAUAAAUAAAAUGACGAAAACAAAAGGAAAGGGUACCAAAAUCAACGAAAAGAGUUUCAUAUCCGAAAUUCAGUCAAAACGAUCACUUUGGGAUUUAAGCAGUCCGGGCUAUCAACGAAGUUCAGAAAAAAUUGUGGAAUGGGAACGCGUUGGGAAUCUAUUCAAUAUCACAGGCGCUCAAGCCAGUCAGAAAUGGGUUUCGCUGAGAGAGAAAUAUCGACGGGAAAAGCAUAAGCUGUCUAGCGAAGAAGAAAUAAAAGGUACAAAGCGAUGGGUUCUGUUCAACCAUCUCAAAUUCUUGGACGACGGACCGCCACAGUCAAAAAUGAUAAAAUUGGACGAGGUUGAGAAACCUGUAAUGAAAGUUGAACUAGCGCCUAAGAAUCGAGUGUACAACAACACGUCAAUACGUGCCAGUGCCAUAAAUAGCAAUAAUCAAAUGCAAAUCGCUAAGGUUGACGGUAACGAGAUUAUGAUUACAAAAGAAGUGGUUGCGAAGCCGAUACGAAGUCAAGCACAACAACAGCAGAGUUUACAAUUGCAACAACAACAACAACAACAGCAACAAGAUCAUCAGAGGGAAGUUCAGCAGCAACAGCAACGGGAAGCUCAACAACAACAACAACAGCAACAAUUGCAGCAGCAGCAACAACACCACCAACAGCAACAACAGCAAAGGUACAUCGAAAUCAGUACAAUGGAAUUGGAAGAAGCUCAACAGCAUGAAGAGAACAACCAAUCUCACAAUUAUACAAGCGAAUAUCAAACGGUAGAAGAAGGCCAGGAUCCACUCGAUAUUGAAAUCGAAACAAAUUACGAAAUUCGUUGUCGUGCAUUUGGGAAGUACAUCGGUGAAGAAUUGUGUUUUAUGCAAGAGGACAUAGGGGAUUCGCUAAUAUCGCACAUAUUAAAACUGGUUUUGGAUAAAAAAUUAAAGAAAUAAAAUUUUGAGUAAAAAAA